AACAAAUUGCGAGGGAAGGGGGACCAGUCGUGAAUCUGUUGUUGUUGUACGACCUGUUCCCUCCAGCCCGCUGUUCACUGUUCAUUCUUCAUUCUACAGUGUGUUCGUUGGAGAAUAACAUCCGGGAGGAAAGACUUGGCCCUUGACUUCUGUUUUUCUUUUAUAUCGGUUUUAACUUUUACUACUAGUUUUGAUCAAGGAGAAAUUGUUUUAUCAAAACGAACACGAAGAAUGUUAAAAGUGAAGAAGUCUGUAUCUUAAUAUAAAGCCAUGCGAUGCCUUAAUUAUGUAUUACAUUCGGGAAGAAAUGAUAUCAAGCAACGUAGGCCUACUUGAUUAACGACAGCACAGCUAUUCGCCUUGGGAACGAAUUGUAAUGUCCUGACUCAAGGUUGACUUGCGAUGAAUGAAACUAAACUGAAUUAUUUUCUUUCGAGGAUGGAGCUGUUCUUCUGUUGAAGGAACAACUUUCUUAAUAAAUUUGUGAUAGAGUCUCUAGUAUUCCAGCAAAGACAGAAAGCGGUGUUUUGUGGGUUUUUGAAACCGAUUACCUUAACAUUCCUCCUUUCUCAGUGACGGAAGUUUAUUACAGAUUCAGUGCGGGAGACAGAAUAAUGACACCUCGAUACACGCAUUGUGAGUGAGGCAAAAUGUGCAGAGAAAGUACGAGAAUUGUUUGUCUUCUCAUCACCGCCUGUCUGAGAUAUGUCGCCGCCCAUGACGAGUGUGGUGAUCACGUGUUUCCCGGAGAGACAGACGUGGACAUCAAACUUCCCGCCAUAUUUGGUAUGCGGCAGUCUGAGGAAGGAAUAUGUCAGUCUUGGUCGAAGAUUGCGUUGCAGCAAGCUAUUGCUCUAAACUGGGUAACCUCGCUUCUGAACGGCGCAAACUCUUCAAGCAAUGAGACCUUUAUACCCGGGGUCAAAUUCGACCAUCAUCGAGUUGGCCAAGAAAUACAAAUGGACGUACAUAGUGGGCGUCCACACGACGGACAACUACGGGCGCCAGGGCAUGAGUGAAGUACAUCGCUUGGCUCGGCAGAACAGUAUCUGUCUCUCCUUCCUCGAAGCUAUAGACACCCAGGAACAGCCUUCGCGUGACAAAAUGGAAACUUUUGUUCGGCAGACGCUUUUCGGGCGCGUUGCGAAAUCUAGAGACACUCUUGGUGUGAUUUACUUCGGCCUUCAAGAUGGACUCCUGAAUCUUCUUCGCUUCAUCAAAGAACGUCGGAGCGCAUGGCACAAUGCCCAAUACUAUAUGGAAAAGAUACACUUCAUUGCCUCUGAUGCGGUGGGGCCAUCGGAGGAACUAAAUGAGUUGCUCCAAGAAUAUAAGUCGAAGAUCAUACUUGUGUCCCCUCCCAAAGCAGACGUGAAAUCGUUCGAGGAUCAUUUCUUCAGUUUCCUGUCCUCACCGCCUCCGUGGGCCUCAGGUGGCUCUUGGCAAACAGCGAUGAAAAGGAUUAUUCGAGAAGAAUACAGUUGCCCGGGCUACAACUUCACGGCGGAGUCUCUUGAGUCCUGCAAUCUGCAGAGCAAAGUCCGUUUCUAUGGCUACCUGACGGCGGCUCUCGACUCAGUCUACCUGAUUGCAAACACUGUACGAGCAUUGCACCAAAAUCUUUGUAAUAAUCCUGGCAUGUGCACAGCGUUGAGAACUCUGCUGGAAUCCGGUGUCUUCUCAAACUAUGAGAUCCUGGACCUAAACUACAACGGCAUACGUGAGGAGUUUUUGCCCUGGGAGUUUGCCAACGAGGGUCGACAUCUCCAAAAUGUCUCUGGAGACUUUCAAUCCAUAGACGGCGUGCUCUACUCCUUGCAGACCAAUCAGGGAGCUGGAUAUGAACACAUUGGCACCUACAAAAACGGCUCUGUGUUCCUCUUGCCAGGGAUCCCGGCAAUUAUGGAACCAUCAGAAUGUAAAGAAAUUUGCUCUGAGCCUGAGUGUGAGGGAAUAGACAAAAUGCACUUCCUGUACCAGGAAGGCAGCGUCAUCAUUUUAGGCUUUUAUUCCGUGCACUGGGGCUCCGACGGCUUUGGUUGUGGUGAUUUCAGGGAUGAGAGUAUGUCCUAUGUAGCCUUGUCAGCAUUUCUGAACAGCAUCAAGAACCUUCGCAAGUCGACGGGCACCAACUUUGGUUACCUGAUCCUGGACGACUGCUACAACCCUCUCACUGCCAGCAGGAUGGUUGUCAAGGUGCUCAGUGGCGACCUCAAUAUUACUGACCCCGUCUCCGGCCAGAGGUUCGACCCACAACGUGUGACAGUGGCGGUGGGCGCACAAUCCAGUCCUGUGACCAUGGCAGUGCUGCCGGUACUGCGGGCUCUAGGCAUUCCUCUCAUUUCUUACAGUUCAACAAACCCGGACCUAGACAACCGCAACACAUACCCGUACUUCUCCCGUACUGUCAGCAGUGACGCCAUUCAGUCCAAGGUUAUCAAACUAAUCCUUGAACAACUUAAGGUGACGUACGUUGGUGCCAUGAUUAUUCAAAACUCUUACGGUCUUGGCCUCUUUGACCUAUUCCGCAACAUGGCAGAGGAGGAGCAAAUUUGUGUGGACGACCCAUUUGAAAUGACGAAAGAUACACCUAUAGAAGAGAUCCGUGCACAACUGGCUAAGUACAGAGACAAGAGGAUACAGGUUGUCGUUGCCUUCGCUAUGGACACGAUUGCCAGUAAAAUCCUUGAGGCUGUGACCCAAGAUGACACAUUUGUGUUUGUGGCCAGCGAGGCCUGGGGCCCCAACCCAAGCAUUAUCGAAGGCUUCCGCGGAGAAAGAGCACGUGGGUCCUUAGUGCUUGGUGUCUCCACUGCCUUGGAACUUAACUACGGCCUCAAGGACUACAUGUCUCGCAUCCACCCAUUUCACACCGAUUCUGAUGUGUGGCUGAAGGAAUUCUGGCAGGCCUACUUCAGAUGUGACAUGCCUGGAGGGUUUGACAAUACGCACAACAUAGUCUGUAAAGAGGAGGCGGCAGGUCAAAACUAUUUCAGUGUCCAGGAUUUGCAAGAUUUGACAACGUCUCCGUUGUCUGUUCACUCCACUAUUGCGACAAUGAGCGCUGGGACUGCUGUUCAAUCUCUUUUUAAUGCCAACGAACGACUGCCCUUUGACCCUGAGAAGAUCACAUUAGCUAUACGAAAUGUAAAUUUGCAGUCUUCUACCGGCUUCAGCUUCAGCCCUUUCCUGCCCGAUGGCAAUGGAAACGGGGGUUUUGAAAUCUACAGCGUUCAACCAGAAGGGAGUUCUUUUGUGUACAAGCUGGUUGGAAACUACACAAACUCACAGAAACUCUCUCUGGACUGGUCAAAGGUCAAGUUUUAUGGGGAAACCGGACGUGAGGUGGACUCGCUCACUUCCAGCUGCCUAUACCAGUCUUCGUGCAAAGUGUGUGCUCAUAACCCGACCUCAACACCUUCUGUACCAGCGGGCUCUACAGAGGCACAGCAGUCUCCACCGGACAAUGACUCUUCUUCCUCCGCCCUUGUCAUCGCGCUGGGCAUCGUUAUCGCUCUAUUGGCGCUCGUUAUCAUCGCUGUUAUUAUCGCUGUUAUCUUUUUCUGCAAAAAGAAGUCCUUUUGGAAAGACAGAACCUAUACAGAACCCGGUAAAGUUGUUUACAUAACGGAAUCUAGCGUAGCGUCCAGUCACCAUAGCAACCAGUACACUGCGGUCUCCGGCUCGAGCCAGGAACAUCCUGUUCCGCCUCCACCACCCACAGCUCGCAGUUCGUCCUCCGUAGGACAAAACAAAGAUGGCGUCAUCAAUCGAGCCUUCAGCGAUAUUCUCAUCCCGGGCGCCCAAGUGCACGUGGAACCGAGAACGAGAUCGGGGUCUCAGUCCCAGGAGAACAUUGCAGGCGGGGGAUACUCUACCUCAUCUGACGAUAGAAGCCGGAGCGAAGUGAGCUCAGAACCGCCCCUGCCUCGCCCUCACAUGCCUAUGAACAGCAUCAGGACAGACUCGCCCCUAACAAGCAACACCUCUGACUCUUCAAAUAGCCAGGUCCGGUACAUAACGCCGUCUACUCAUCACUCACAACCAAGGUUUUUCCUUCACGAAGGGGAUAUCUCCUCCCAAGUCAUCGAGGCACCACCUGUCGGUUCCACGAUCUACGGAAACCUACCACACGACGGUCAUGUAGUUGGAGCGGCAGCUUCGGUGGCUGCUCCGCAAAAUCAGAUUGUCUUUGACAAUGUGCAUAAAGUAUACACCCUGGACUCUCCGAUAUACUCAGCCGCUAAUAAUCUUUAUAGCACGAAGCCGGCGUACUGGUUGGUGAAACAAGCGGACGAUAAUUUGGUACCUUAUGAGAACCUGGCGCCAGGCGCUGAUGUCGUUGCCGGAAACAGUUCUUACCCUGCCGGAGGUAUUGUGUCACCACAAACUGUCACAUUUCCGCAAGAGCUCGUUCAGAACCAAGCUGUCGUAGUGCCCAAUAAUCAGACACUUCCUCUUAAUAACCCGGUCGUUCUGCGACCUGGACAAGAAUUGAUCCUCGGCGUUGAUGGAAUCCCUUCUCUUUGCGACAGAAGCGGUCGUGUGGGCCACUCAGGAGUAGAUGAUGACCCUCACAGUUAUACAGGCCUCAUACUUUCUCCACCUGCUCCGCAUAGAACGAGAAGAGCUGUAUCGAAUGACUACAUCACUCCCAUUCCUCCUCCAGAUUCAGAUUUUGAACAAGCAGAAAGAAGCCACGCCCAUCCAGGUCACAAUAUGCAAGACUUUAGCGUUCAGGCUGAGAGCCCUGGAAAUUCAACUCGCUGUGAUGAUGGCAGUAGUCAUAAGCAGAGGCAAAUGUCACCAAACACUCAGGAGACUUUUGCACAAAACCAACAAACUCAACAGGUUAAUGAAAAACAUUCACAAAUCCCUACAAAUGAUAAUUGCGAAAUAAAAGGAAAUUACUCAGCAGGUAUUAUUCCCCCCAUUGUGGCUACCACAGACAGUCGAGUAAACGCUUCACCUGUGAACGGACAUAUUCCUCAGACAAACACAGUAGAAUCCUUAACUUCAAACCCAUUAACACUCAGCAGCUUCCCAUCAAGUACGACGUAUAACGCAUCCGCAUCAGUGACACAGGCAGAUAGAAGUCGUUCAGCAGAGCCUUCUUCUUCGGAAGAAAGUACAGCCAUCCAAGCUGGGUCACCUAUCAGAGACCCAACCCCUCCUCAUGACACCGACGUAGCAGGGAACAAAAUGCCUGGGUCUGUUGCACUUCAGGACAGCUCAAACGGCGUCCAGAGACGUCUCAAAGUCUUGAACAGCCCCAGAACCAGCCAAAGCCCUCGGGUCUCCGAUAUUCCUGAAGUGUCAAGUGAGGUGUGAUGAGCUCACAGACCACGGAUUCUGAGAAAUCGGCUGAAGGUACGAAGAGAUUAAAGGGCUGAUUCUGUUGCCUAACGAAAUUAUUAUCAGAAGAAAACGUUGUCAAUUGAGGCAAACCUAUCUGUACAAAGAAACAGAAACAAAACUACGGGAUUGUGAUUCCCACAGCACAUUGGUGUUUAUCAGUAUGAAAACGCUAUAUCUUUGUGUGCUCAGGUCUCUUCAGCCACCUACUAGCACACUAAUACAACUCUAAUAUCAUUAUAAUUUCUCAUUUUCACAUCUCAAAAACUUCAACAAUAUGAAACUGUGAAUGCAAGUCUUUUUUAAUUAGCAUAAAACUAUUACAACAUCUUUAGAGCAAUACCAAACAAUUAGAUAGCUAGUUACUUAAAUGUAGCUAUCGUUGAUGCAGUGAAUGGAGACUUUAACCUCAAUCCAGCCUCUUUCCUCCCCUGUCAGAAACUCAUCCCAACACCACCCCCACCCCCACCACCACCACCACC